CUGAAGGGCAGAGGUGCCCGGAGCCCUGCAGGAUGGAGGGAGAAGGAGACAACUUGGUGAAGGUGUUUAACUUACUGACUGUGUUUGAAGACAGCAGGCCUCCUUGGGACCCCAGGUGCUGAGACCAAAGACCCCGACUCUGAGCAAGAGCAGCACAGCCCCAUGUCCAAGAAACUCCAGACUCUUAUGGAGCCCUUGUUUGAUAUGACUUCGGAGCCCUGGGAAGGUGAGAGCCUGGAAGACAGAUGGGGACCUCGCCACAGGCCAGUCAGCACCAGAUUACUGAGUUCCCUGAAGAAUAAGAUCUCUGGAGGAGGCUGGAGGAAAUCAUGCGAAGCUACAGUAAACACCAGGAAGCAGCUGCAGGAGCCAGAAGAGAAUAAAAUUGUCAGGGAACUCUUGGAGACAGAGCAGACCUAUGUGUCCCGCCUCCACCUGCUGGAUCAGGUUUUCUUCGAAGAGCUGCUGAAGGAGGCUCGCAGCAGCAAGGCUUUUUCUGAAGAUGUCGUCAAACUCAUCUUUUCCAACAUCUCCUCCAUUCACCAAUUCCACUCCCAGUUCUUCCUCCCAGAGCUUCAGAGGCGUGUGGAUGAAUGGGCUGCUGUCCCUCGCAUAGGUGAUGUGAUCCAGAAACUGGCACCCUUUCUGAAGAUGUACAGCGAAUAUGUGAAGAACUUUGAGCGCGCAGCAGAGCUGCUGGCCAUCUGGACUGAGAAGUGCCCGCCCUUCCAAGAGGUCAUCACUCGAAUCCAGGUGGAGAGCCUGAAGCUCUAG